AUGAAGUUAUCUAGUUUACUUCCAAUCUUGGCAGCCGCCACUACAGCCAUCGCUGCUCCUGUGCAGACCCAAGGUGCUGAAUCCCAUCUCAACAUUCCUCAAGAAGCCGUCCUCGGAUUCAUCGACUUAGGCAAUGGAAACGACAUUCAAGUUACCACCAUACUUAACGGAACCCAAAACGGCAUCCUGUUGUUCAACUCAACUGUAGCCAACGCUGCCGCUGCACCUUCCGACUCCACCCUCGCUAAACGUGACGCGGACGCAUGGCAUUGGCUAAGAUUCAACCGUGGCGAACCCAUGUACAAGAGAAGUGCAAGUGCAGAUGCGGAUGCUUGGCACUGGUUAAGAUUCUCCAAAGGUGAACCGUUGCAUAGGAGAAAUGCUGACGCCGACGCCGACGCAUGGCAUUGGCUGAGAUUCAACCGUGGUGAACCCAUGUACUAA